AUGAGCUUUUUGGAGAAGAAUGAUUUGCAAAAUGGCCAUAUUUUUGAUUCAAAGACAUUACAAUCAAACAAUGCAUCUACACAACAAACACCAUCUCAAUCGCAGAAUCAGCCACAGGAACCCCAGUCUGCUUCAAACCCUUCACCACAACAGCCCAAUCAACAAGAUGCUGAAACAGAAUCUCAACUACAGCGAAGUUCACAACAAUCACAAGCACAACCAAUUACGAAUAAACCACCACCUAAAGAAGCAGCUACAUCUGACAAUGAAGUGAGAGUUCAACCAAACAUAACAGAUUCAACCAGUGAUGCUAAUGAACCAAGUGAAGUGCCCGUUGAAAAAGUGGAAUCCAAAGAGACACGCAUUGAUGAGGAACAAAACAAGCAACCUGAACAAGAAAUUCAAAAACUUCCACGAAGACCUAUUGUUAAGAAACGAAAGACUUCAGAUAAUAAGAUAUCUUUGUUUGACCCUUUCAAUAAGGAAGCAAUUGAUACUCAUGUCUUGCUAUUGAAGGAACAAUUACCACCAAGAAUUGCAGAAGCAACACCAUUAGCUGAACUUUAUUACCUGGCUCAGACGCUGCCGCUUGUUAAAUUGAUGCCUUCAACUCACAAAGUUAUCACCUCGACAAUGUUUGAAACUGCGCUUACGGAAGGUAAAAUCAAUGUUGUUCAUUCAAGAAUAGAAGAAUUGAAAAGACAAGGGAAAUGGAGUUUAAGACAACCUACAAAAUUUAUUGAUCCAAUCAGAGGUAAUACAAAGACACAUUGGAAUCAUCUACUAUCAGAAAUGAAUUGGAUGGCCACUGAUUUCAGAGAGGAAAGAAAAUUGAAAAUUGCAACAUGUGCUUACAUUGCUCAAUCUAUUAGUGAUUACUGGAAUUAUGGUAAAGUUUCUUUCAAAGCAUCAAUAGAUUUUGAUUCUUUAACAGAUCAAAAUAGGACAUUAUUGGAAGAAAUGCCAGCAUUCACUUCUUUUGAACAGUAUGAUGAUAAAUUCAGCUCUGCACCUUUAGUUCCCGUCUCAAAAUCAUUAAUACCGAUUGAAGAUGAUACUUGGUACAAUGUUUUAUUUAAACAAAUUGUGGAUGAAUCAGAUUCUGUACCAGCUCAACAAAAAGGUUUAUUUGGUUUUUCAUCACAGAAAAGGAUUAAUACAUCAAUCAAGCCACCACCUCCUCCAAGUCUUAAGUAUCUGGAUUUAAGAACUCCAACAAUAUGGCUCCCUGAAGAUGAUCAAAACUUAAUUGAAUAUGUUAAUCAGUUCUCAUUUAAUUGGGGCGUUGUAUCUGCCUAUUUAUCCAAAAAACCCACUAGGAGCUACUCGUCAAAUAUUGAAAGAAGAACACCUUGGCAAUGUUUUGAAAGAUAUAUACAAUUGAAUGAUACAUUUCAAAUUAAUGAUAUGAGAGGACAAAAUACAUUGAGUGCUAUGAAAUGGUUAGAACAUGCACAUAAUAUACAAGCUACAACAAAGAGAAGAAUUUCCCCCCUGGGUGUUGGUGUUGAUUCUAUUCAAAGAGGCCAUAAGCGUUUGCGUUGGGCAAGUAUGUUUGAAGCUAUUAGAAAAUGCAUGAGAAAAAGAGAAAGUGUUACUAGACCUAAUAAUAACCAAGUCCGUAAAAAUGGUGAUGAUAAAAAACUUGGUGCUCCUACACCAGCUGAAUUAUCAAAGUUGAAAUUUGAAAGAGAUAAAGCAAUUCAAGAGGCUUAUAUGCAAAAUCCAGUUAAUGGUUUCAGAGGAAGAAUGCCACAAGCUGCUCCUGCUCCUUCAAGUACUGUUGCACAACCCAAUGCUAUGCCAAAGAUUACCGGACCAAAUGGGGUUCCAUAUACUCCAGAGCAAGUCCAACAGUUGAUGCAAUUAAGACAAAGAAAACUGAUGCAACAGGCUCAACAACAAGCACAAGCAGGCACCAAUGGCUCUCAACAAGUCAAUCCUACCCCUAAUGGAACCAACAAUAAUGGUGGCAAUGGAAAUAAUGGACGUAAAUUGACAUUUGUUCCUGCUCAUGUUUCAGCCAUAAUUAAUCAGAUUCAAUCUCAAAAUCCAAAUAUGUCCAAACAAGAGGUUACAAAGAUUGCUGCUCAAUAUUUGGCAAACCUU